AUGGAGAUUAAUCUCAACCGAGUUGAUUAUGUCCAGGUUGGGGUAACGUCCCAAAAAACAAUGAGGCUACUACCAGCACUUGGAAAAAAGGCCACCCAGAAGGUGGCUAUUGCCGACGAAGAUGGUAUCUUGACGUGUUUUGGGAUGAAGAAAGGCGAAGCAGUACCUGUCUUCAAAACACUCCCAGGGGAGAAAAUAUCCAGAAUGGACCUGGGUGGAGCGGCGGGAACACCGCAAGAGAAGAUCUUUGUCUGCUCUGGAUCUCAAGUGCGAGGAUUCACCAAGAAAGGCAAACAGUUCCUUACCUUUGACGCCAACCUGACAGAGAGCAUCAACGCAAUGUAUGUUUCUGGUGCCGACCUCUUUGUGUGUGCCAGCUACAUCUACAACCACUACUGUGACUGCAAGGACCAGGACUACUACUUGUCUGGGGAUAAGAUCAACGACAUUGUCUCUUUGUCCUCUGAGAACCUUGCUCGCUCCGUCCCGGUGCUGGCAUGUCAAGAUCGCGUUCUCAGGGUGCUGCAGGGAUCUGAGUUGGCCUAUGAGGUGGAGGUGCCCGGGCAGCCAUCUGUGUUAGAAUGUUAUAACAAAGAUGGAGGCAAGUCAGGCGAUGACGUCCUGUACGGGACAACGGAUGGUAAAAUCGGCCUGAUUCAGAUCGGCGAGAGUGAGGCGUCUACCAAAUGGGAAAUUGACAACGACAAAAAGAAAGGAGGUAUUCUCUGCCUAGACACAUACGAUAUAACUGGCGAUGGGGUGAACGAUAUCCUGGUGGGCCGCGACGAUGGGACGGUGACCAUUUAUGGAUUUGACAGCAGCACCAAUGAGCCCACGCUACGGUUUGAGCACGCCUUGUCAGAAAGCGUGACCUCUAUCCAGGGAGGCUGCGUGGGAAAGGAGUCCUAUGAUGAAGUCUUGACCGCCACCUAUACAGGUUGGGUGACAGGGUUAACCACAGAGCCCCAAAAGGCCGAAGUGGGUGCCGGAGACGAGGUCAGGAUGAGUAAAGAAAUCCAGUCCAAAGUGGAAGCCCUCAGAGGGGAACUGGAGCAGCUCCAGGUGAAAGUCCAGUUGGGUCGCGAGCAGUACCAGCAGACGUCGCAAUCCAAGACUGCCGUCUCCGUGGUGCCCGCCUUCAGCAUCAAUGACAAAUUCACACUGUGUCAAGACGAUGCCAGCUACAGCCUCACCUUGGAGGUGCAGACUGCUAUAGACAACCUUCUGCUCCAGAGCGACGUCCCCAUUGACCUGCUGAAUGUAGACAACAACUCUGCUGUGGUCAGCUUCAGCGAAUGCGACUCUGAGCAACCUAAUGGCAACUUUCUACUGGCAACUUACAGGUGUCAAGCCAACACCACCCGACUGGAGCUCAAGGUGAGAUCCAUCGAAGGGCAGUACGGCACCUUACAGGCUUACGUCACCCACAGACUGCAGCCUAAGACAUGUCAGGUUCGCCAGUAUCACAUCAAACCACUGUCUCUUCACCAGCGUGCUCACAGCAUCGACCAGGACAGGCCAAUGAACAGGCUGAGUCUGGUGGGACAGUUCAGUUUCGCAGAGAUCCACUCCUGGGUGGUCUUCUGUCUGCCAGAGGUGCCGGAAAAGACGCCGGCGGGAGACAGCGUCACCUUCUAUUUCCUCAACACCUUCCUUGGCACUCAGCUGCAGACCACCUACAGCAAAGGGGAGGCUCACUUCAAGUCAGACAACAUUUCCACCAUCUCCAUCCUGAGCGACGUCCUCUCUAAAGAGGCCACCAAACGCAAAAUCAACCUGAACGUUUCAUACGAUAUCAAUGAUGACUCUGUAAACCACACCCUCAAAAUGAUUCACCCUAAACUCGAAUACCAGCUCGUGCUGGCGAGAAAAGUUCAGCUCAUUGACGCACUAAAAGAGCUCCAGCUACACGAGGGAAACACCGACUUCCUCAUCUCGGAGUAUCGCAGCAUCCUGGAGGAGUCGGACAGUCUGCUGGAGGAGUACAAGAGGCAGCCAGCACAUCUGGAAAGGCUUUAUGGCAUGAUCACUGACCUGUACAUUGAUAAGUUCAAGUUCAAAGGACAGAACGUGAAAGCCAAAGUGUCGUCGCUAUUGGAGAUCCUAGAUAGUUACGAUUUGAAUUCCUUGUUAGACUUUUUCAGUGAGGCGUGA